UUGUCUCUCAAUCAAAUCAUUGAUGAAUUGGAACAAUUAGAUGAUGAUGCCCCACUUCCAAGAGAUAUAAUCAUUUUACCACCAGAUAACGCGAAUGCUGAUAUCACCGAUGAAGAUUCUGGUGAUGAGGAGUUUGUAACUCUGAACAAUCUUCCAGGUUCUCAGCUAAGAGCUCAUGCUGAGAUAAAAUACAUGUGUUCCGACAGUGAGGAGGACAGUGUACCAUUGUCUUCUUUAGCAAAAAGAAGUCGAACCACCGAAGAACCCCUGAUUGUGGAAGGUCGUCAACCUGAGCCAUCUACAUCUAAUUCAGCUCCAGUUAUUAGCAGCACGUCAGCAGUUCCUUUUGUUGAUCCAACCUUACCAAAAAAUCAAAAUUAUACUCGGAGAAAUCGCCAUAAUCCUCACGACCGACCGCAAUGGCAAGAAAACCAUGGGCCAAGACACCUUCAAACGCCCAUGUAUUACUUUGACUGUAUGUUUGAUGACUGUGUUAUCAAAUUAUUGGUCAAAUAUACAAAUAUUUACGGGAUUCAAAAGAACAAAGUGGGUAAUGUGACAACAAGUGAAAUGAAGUGUUUCCUUGCUAUACUUCUUUACAGUGGAUAUACCGUAGUUCCUCGAAGAUACAUGUACUGGGAGAAAUCAACAGACUCUGAUUUUAGUAUUAUAUAUAACGCCAUGUCGAUGGAUAGAUUUACAUUUAUGAUGACUCACCUCCACUGUUGUGACAAUGCUCAUAUAACUACUGAAAGUGACAAAUUUGCAAAGUUGAGACCACUUUUCGAUAUUCUGAACGAAAUAUUCCUGAAUAUGGCUCCUUUAGAAGAAAUUUACAGCAUUGACGAGGCUAUGGUACCUUAUUAUGGGGGACACAGCUGUAAACAAUUUAUACGUGGAAAACCGAUCAGAUGGGGAUAUAAGUUUUGGGUUGGAGCGACUAGAUUGGGAUACGUACUAUGGUUUGAUUCGUACCAAGGCCAUGCAGCAAUUAUUCCACCGGCUUAUCGGCAGUUAGGUAUGGGAGCUGGUGUGAUUUUACGUUUUGCUGAUUAUUUACAAUUUCGUCACCCAGGUGCGCCUUGUCACUUAUUCUUUGACAAUUUCUUUUCUUCUAUUCCACUCUUCCACGAAUUGAGUAACAGAGAGCUCAAAGCCACUGGAACAAUUCGUGAGGACCGUACAAAAAAGGGUCCUUUGCCGUCCAAUAAAGAAUUCAAGAAGACAGAAAGAGGCACAUUCAAGUAUAAGUCUAGCCAACCAGGGCAUAUUUUGGUUUGCAAGUGGAAUGAUAACAGUGUGGUGUCAGUAGCAUCCAAUUUAGAAAACAUUGAACCCUUACAUUAA